AUGUGGGUGCUGCAGGAGCUGGCCACGGCCGGCCACUGGAAGGGCCGCAACAAGCCCUGCAUCGUCCAGUGCGGCACCCACAUGACGUCCUUCCACAACCUGCAGAUCGUCCUCGAGCAGGUCCGUGCUAUCCUGGUAAGAGGGCUCAAGCAGGAGGCCGACUCGGGCGCCUACCUCGAGCCCUUCAAGUCCUUCACGGAGCAGGGCAGCACCGAGCCGCCCGGGCUCGUCAUGACCGAGCUGUUGACGCGGCUGCAUCGCGAGGAGCUGGACAUUCUGAAACUGCUCUAUCUCACGAGUAGGCUCAAGGCCACCGACCCCCGUGACAAGCUGUAUGCCCUCCUCGGUCUCAUACCCUCAGCGCAGGCUCUGAGGCCCGACUAUCGGAGGUCCACCAGUGCCACGCUGAUAAACCACGUCCAGAACUGGGUGGAGAGAGAAGGCACGCUGGAUGUGAUAUUUUCGAAUCGCCUGGACCCGUGCGCCUCCGGACUGCCGGGCUGGACACCGGAGAUCCGCGCCGAGCAGCAGGCCUACAGCGAGUGGGAGAGGAUGGGGGUCGACACCCGCUUCCGGGCCGGGUACGGCAAGGGCGCCGACGUCGAGAUCUUCCAGCCGUACCAGAACAACGGCGAGACCCCCCCGAUGAUGCGCGCCCGGGGCAUAGUCAUCGGGGAGCUCGAGUCCAUCAUCGGCCCCUCCAAAUCCGACGAGUCGGCGCCGCAGCCCUCCACGAAGAUAAACGCCGGCAACGAUGCCGGCCAGAGGUUCAUCGACACCAUCUUCACACCGCUGCAGGAAUUCGCGGCCCGCAUCAACGACGGCACGCCAGAGUACGAGACCUUCUGGCGGACCCUGACCCUCAACGUCGACGACCGCUGGCCCCCGGGCCUCGCGCCGGACUCGUUCCGCGUCGGCAGCCUGCUCGCCUUCAGCAAGCGCGGCCAGUCCCCGAGCAAGAAGGACGUCUGGUUCCACAAGAUCAAGUCGUGGUUCAACAAGAAGGAGCUCAACAUGCUCGACUACAGCAACUCCUCGCCCUCGCGGGGCCCCUCCAUCGACGCCAGGGUGAGGUUCAUGCGCCACAUGAGCAACUGCAUCCACAACCGGACCUUCUUCACCACCACGUCCAGGAAGUUCAUGGGCCUGGGCCCGUACGGCGCGCAGAGGGGCGACCUCGUCGUGGUGCUGUACGGCUCCAAGCGGUGCGUCGUGCUGAGGCCCAGGGGCGCCGAGGGGGGCGGCUACGUCGUCAUCGGGACGGCGUACGUCCACGGCGUCAUGGGCGGCGAGCUGAUGCGCCGCGACAAGGUGGACGAGACGGUUUUCAACUUAUACUAA